AUGGCGACCUCGGCUUGGCUUCUGGGACGGCGCGCGGCGAGUUGGAGGCUGCGGGCGCCGCGGGCGCGGCUCUCCAGCCUCGUGUCCCAGCGGGCCCACUCCCUCUUGCCCGUGGACGAUGCGAUCAACGGGCUAAGCGAGGAGCAGAAGCAGCUUCGUCAGACCAUGGCUAAGUUUCUUCAGGAGCACCUAGCCCCCCAGGCCCAGGAGAUUGAUCAUAUCAAUGAGUUCAAGAACCUUCGAGAGUUUUGGAAGCAGCUAGGAAACCUGGGGGUCUUAGGUAUCACCGCCCCUGUUCAGUACGGCGGCUCCGGCCUGGGCUACUUGGAACAGGUGCUGGUGAUGGAAGAGAUAUCCCGAGCUUCUGGAGCAGUGGGGCUCAGUUACGGUGCUCACUCCAACCUCUGCGUCAACCAAAUUGUGCGCAAUGGAAAUGAGGCCCAGAAGGAAAAGUACCUCCCCAAGCUGAUCAGUGGUGAGUACAUCGGAGCCCUGGCCAUGAGUGAGCCCAAUGCUGGCUCUGAUGUUGUCUCCAUGAAGCUAAAAGCAGAAAAGAAAGGUGAUCACUACAUCCUGAAUGGGAACAAGUUCUGGAUCACCAACGGCCCUGAUGCUGACAUCCUUAUUAUCUACGCCAAGACAGAUCUGGCUGCAGUGCCAGCCUCUCGGGGCAUCACAGCCUUUAUUGUGGAAAAGGGGAUGCCUGGCUUCGGCACCUCCAAGAAGCUGGACAAGCUGGGGAUGAGGGGCUCUAACACCUGUGAGCUAAUCUUUGAAGACUGCAAGGUUCCUGCUGCCAACAUCCUGGGCCAUCUAAGUAAGGGCGUCUACGUGCUGAUGAGUGGGCUGGACCUGGAGCGGCUGGUGCUGGCUGGUGGGCCCCUUGGGCUCAUGCAGGCCGUCCUCGACCACACCAUUCCCUACCUACACACAAGGGAAGCCUUUGGCCAGAAGAUUGGCCACUUCCAGCUGAUGCAGGGGAAAAUGGCCGACAUGUACACCCGUCUCAUGGCCUGUCGGCAGUAUGUCUACAAUGUCGCCAAGGCCUGUGAUCAGGGCCACUGCACUGCCAAGGACUGCGCGGGGGUGAUCCUUUACGCAGCUGAGUGCGCCACACAGGUGGCCCUGGACGGCAUUCAGUGCUUCGGUGCCAACGGCUAUAUCAACGACUUUCCCAUGGGCCGCUUUCUGCGAGAUGCCAAGCUGUAUGAGAUUGGGGCUGGGACCAGUGAGAUGAGGCGGCUGAUCAUCGGCAGAGCCUUCAACGCAGACUUCCACUAACCCCAAGACCCUUCACCCCCUUUCUCAGCACCUAGAGGCCUUUCUUUGGACAUAGAGAUAACGGCAGCUCCCUUGCUGCUCAGCUGCACUUGCAUCAGCCCUUGGCCUCUGCCGUGAGGUGUCUACCACGGCUGACAAGUGCUGUGGGUCUCAGAGCCCAGCCAGCCUGCCCGCCUACCCCCCGGAUGCCGCAAGUUAUAGGCAGGCAUGGGGGAAAGGGAGCGCCAUUUCUAGUCACACCUUCUGGUCUGAAGAUGCUGCCCGACAUUAAUGAGAGUUGAGGUGGGUGGAGGGCCUCCCUGGCAAGUGUUCUGUGGCUUAAAAUGGACCCAGCAGGAAGCGUACUGACUUUUCUGGGGCUUGCUGGGAAGGCUUCGCUGACUCUCUAACGUCCGAGCCCUCCACUUCCCUGGGUGAGCACUUGGGGGCAGGCUGGCAGCCACCCCUUUUUUGGAGGGGAGGGGGCUGUGCCUCUGGCAGGGAGCCCAGUGCACCAGAAGCAUUGCCCCCUCUACAUGUAUUUGAACCUGCAGCCUCUUCUUUCGAGGGGGAAAAAAACCCCCAAACCUAGCCUUUGUUUCUGCCAAUUUCUAGAGGCAUCAAUUCCCCGUAGCUUAUGAGCAGGCACCCGCUCGGCAGCAGUCCCUCUGCCCACCGCCCCCCCCCCAGGGCUUCAUUCCUUUAGGGCGGAAACCCCAUGGUGUUGGGGUGGAGCAUCUCAGACCUGGGCCACCCAGACUGCACGGGGUGGUGGGGGGGGGAGGUCCACAGAGGUCAGUGUGCUUGCGAGGGAUCGGCUCAGUGCCAGCCUCCAUGGCAGCACCUCUGAGCCCUUCAGCCCUGCUCUGCCGCUGCCACCAUCUAGUCCUGGCCGGAUGACAGCCCUCAGCUGACUGGGCAGCAGGCCUGGCUGCAGCUCAACUCCAACUAAGGCUGCCUAUGUACAUUUCUCUGGAUGCCCUAUGGCUAGUUUUGUUACAACAGCCCCGCGGCUGCUGCCAUUUUGUAUUAAGAAUUAGGAAGCAAACCCAUCUGCUUCUAAAACUGGUGUUUUUUAGGGGUGAAGCAGUCUACUUGCUACUGCCUCCUGUCUGACGCUAGCCCCAUGUCCUUGGGGAGUAGUUAGUCCGGGCCCUACUCCUGUCCUCCUGCCUACUCACUGGUGAUGCGGGACAAAGAGAUGGCAUGUGCCUUGAGGACAGAAGAGGUUUCAGCCUCCCUUCCCCAGAUCUCCCAGUGGUUUUAAAGGAAGGAGGGAGUCCAGAGAGAUAGGAGUCUGAGAGCUAGAAGGAAGCUCAUACAUUUCUGAAUGCUACCCCCAUGUUUUGUUUUUGUUUUGUUUUGUUUUUUAAAGAUUUUAUUUGUUUGAGAGAGAGAGAGCACGAGAGGGGGGAAGGUCAGAGGGAGAGGCAGACUCCCUGCCGAGCAGGGAGCCCGAUGCGGGACUCGAUCCCGGGACUCCAGGAUCAUGACCUGAGCCGAAGGCAGUCGCUUAACCGACUGAGCCACCCAGGCGCCCACCACCCCCAUGUUUUUUAAAACUGACACAGGGGCGCCUGGUGGUUCAAUCAGGUAAGCUUCCAACUCUUGGUUUCGGCUCAGGUCAUGAUCUCAGGGUCAUGGGAUCAAGCCCCACGUCAGACUCCACGCUCAGCACGAGUCUGCUCGAGAUUCUUUCCCCUCUGCCUCCCUCCCCCUCUGCUCUUCCACUUGCUCACACACACGCGAGUAAAUAAAAUCUUAAAAGAUAAAGACGAUUUGGUUUUCCCAAGGUCAGAACUGGAGCUAGAAUCUAGAUCAGCAGAAAUGAGAAUGCCAGCCUGGAGCCCCCCUGCACAGUCAAGAGUGGAAUGGGUUUGGGUUGUUCCACCAUGUCUAAAUUCCCUAAAAGAACCGGUUUUCUUGUCUCUCGGCCGAGGGGUGCCUUUCAGACUUUUGGUGCUGGCCUGCGGCUAAGUGCUGUUCCAGCCUGAUGCCUGAGACAGGUGGCAUUAGCCCAGUUCUAUCCUCAGGGGGAAACCCAGGGCUUGUGGCACAGUCCCUUUACUUCCCUGGCCUGCCCCCUGCUUUGUUGGACAUGAGUGGGACCGAAAUAGUGGUCUUGCUGGGUUUAAAGUGUAGCUGGAACAAGCAGCCUGGAGCUGUUCAGAGUGUGACAGGAUGGAAUGUUUCCUCCGGUCCACGUGUGCUGCGGAGCCCCGCCACCAACUUGGGGAGAAUGUGACUGUUCUCCCAGUGCUAUAUAUGAAACAGAAAAGGCGUAUUUUAAAAUAAAGCCAAAAACAGAGUGUAGCCCGAGUCGCGAAUGGAAGAGCAAGGGGCACUUCACUUUGGUUCUUCUGGGGGAUUCUGGUUUCCGAGCAUCGUGUAACCACAGCACCAGCUAGUCGUUCCUGGGGCAAGUCCUUCCUGGGGCUGCUUCUAAUGCAACCCACUCCAAUUUUAGGUGGGUCACACGACCAGCCCAGGCCCCCAUUCGAUGUUUGCCUAGUGUUUGUCCUGUGGGAUGGCAACAGAAGCUGAGAAUGGUUCUCAAGUGUGGUCUGGGCACGCUGUUGAUCAGAAUUUGGCAACCAGUAAAAUGCGGAUUCCUUGAUCAACGCUGGACCUAAUCACAUCCCCAGGGGCCAUGCUGAGGCGCGGGCAACCUUUUAGAAAAACGGACCUGGGACCUAAAGGACACUUCCCCCGGAGGCCUGAAUCCUAAUUCUAGUAAAAACAAGUCUUAUGUGGCACUCUCAAGUCUGGAUUUGAUGUAUUAGCUCCUUGGUCUUGACCACAACCCGGUGUGGGAGGCAGUGUUGUGCAGGGCGGCCUUCCAGAUGACAGGUGAGUGGCCCAGGGGCACGGAACUCAGCCUGCAGGAGCCAGCCACCCAGCCACGCCCAGAGGCGAGGUGGAGCCAGAGCGGGUGUUAAUGCGGCGUGGGAGGUGGGGUGGGAGAACCCUCUUUUUAAUUUGGUGGCUAGUGCCCAGUUUAUGCCCCACCAGGCAGAGCCAGACCGAGAUCCCGGGUGACCGUUAGUCGCGACCCCUAGGUUAGGGCAGGCCCGGUGUCCUCCCCGUACCCCGCUCCGCCGAGGGAGCGUUGCUGGGACUCCCGGACUCGGGCGCGGUUCUGCGGGGCCUGCGUGGAACUCGCCUGACCUCUGCCGGCCGCCCGCGGGGUUGCAGGCGAGCCGAGUCGCCGCUCUCCGGCCUUAGGCCCCGCGCUCUGGACCAGCGGCUCCCAGCCUCGGAUGUCAAGAUGCACAGGGCUCAAGGCCUUUUUUCGUUUUUGUUUUGCCAAAUGAGGACGUGAGGGGAGCGGGGGAGAAGCUGGCUAUCCUCUAUCUUGUAUCGUUUCAUACCAAAAAAAAAAAAAAAAAAAAGACACUUUUAGCAAUUAAAAAAAGUGGAAGGGACGUAAACUCAGAACAAAAGCCAGUGCUUUUUUUUUUUAAUUACAUAUAUGUUUUAUGUCCGUGAGUUUUAAAAGAUGAUAGUUUAACAUGUUUACUUUUGUUUAAAAACACAACCCCUGUCCUCCACCCCUCCUCCCCAGGAUUAAACCACUCUGGAGUCUUGAAGAGAUUUCUUUUGGUAAU